CUCCCAGACCUUCCCUCGAUUCUGCAUCCCCGCCAUUGACCUUCCUGCAGCACCAUGCGCGAGAUUGUGCACCUGCAAGCCGGCCAGUGCGGCAACCAGAUCGGAGCCAAGUUCUGGGAGGUUAUCAGCGAUGAGCACGGCAUUGAUCCAACCGGAACAUAUCAUGGAGACAGCGACCUGCAGCUAGACAGGAUCAGUGUUUACUACAAUGAAGCCACAGGUGGGAAGUAUGUUCCCCGUGCCAUCUUGGUGGAUCUGGAGCCUGGCACAAUGGAUUCAGUUCGUUCUGGACCCUUUGGACAGAUAUUUAGACCUGACAACUUUGUGUUUGGUCAGAGUGGUGCUGGAAACAACUGGGCCAAAGGUCACUACACAGAAGGAGCAGAGCUGGUGGACUCAGUACUGGAUGUUGUUCGUAAGGAAGCAGAAAGCUGCGACUGCCUGCAAGGCUUCCAGCUCACCCACUCUCUCGGCGGAGGCACUGGCUCCGGCAUGGGCACCCUCCUCAUCAGCAAGAUCCGCGAAGAGUAUCCCGACCGCAUCAUGAACACCUUCAGCGUGGUGCCCUCGCCCAAGGUGUCCGACACUGUGGUGGAGCCCUACAACGCCACGCUGUCCGUCCACCAGCUGGUUGAGAACACCGACGAGACCUACUGCAUCGACAACGAGGCUCUCUAUGACAUCUGCUUCCGCACCCUCAAGCUCACCACACCAACCUACGGCGACCUCAACCAUCUCGUCUCGGCCACCAUGAGCGGCGUCACCACCUGCCUCCGCUUCCCUGGCCAGCUCAACGCUGACCUCCGCAAACUGGCCGUAAACAUGGUGCCCUUCCCACGUCUCCACUUCUUCAUGCCCGGCUUCGCUCCCCUCACCAGCCGAGGCAGCCAGCAGUACCGCGCGCUCUCCGUUCCUGAGCUCACUCAGCAGAUGUUUGACGCCAAGAACAUGAUGGCCGCCUGCGACCCCCGUCACGGCCGCUACCUGACCGUGGCCGCCGUCUUCCGCGGACGCAUGUCCAUGAAGGAGGUGGACGAGCAGAUGCUGAACGUCCAGAACAAGAACAGCAGCUACUUCGUCGAGUGGAUCCCCAACAACGUCAAGACCGCCGUGUGCGACAUCCCACCCCGCGGGCUCAAAAUGGCAGCCACCUUCAUUGGCAACAGCACUGCCAUCCAGGAGCUGUUCAAGAGAAUCUCAGAGCAGUUCACCGCUAUGUUCAGGCGCAAGGCUUUCCUGCAUUGGUACACCGGCGAGGGCAUGGACGAGAUGGAGUUCACUGAGGCCGAGAGCAACAUGAACGACCUGGUGUCCGAGUACCAGCAGUACCAAGACGCCACCGCCGAAGAGGGCGAGUUCGAAGAGGAGGGCGAGGAGGAGGUCGCCUAAAUCGCAACCGCCUGGCGAAAGUGUCCCUACCACUCCAUCCCCCAUAUUUCAUCCUUCUCACCACAAACCAGUGCUCUCCAGAACAAUGAAUGGGUUUCAAUGACAGUCCC